GUGUGAUAAUUUGUUUUGACUUUGUGUUGUCCAAGUUUUUAGUUAAUCGGGAUAAUAAUCGGGAUAUUUUUCUAAUGUAAUUCACAGUAUAAUUUUGUGCUAAUGUUGUACUAUAUUUGUUUACUUAACUUCGGAAUAAGUUGAAUCUUGUCGAAGGAAUAGCACGUGAAUAGUUGAAUAUUCAUGUUUAUCGUAAUAAAACUUCAUUGUACCUUCCUAUACUUACUGUUAUAAUAUUGAAGAUAACUGGUACUUCAGAUACAUUUAUUGUAAAGUGUUAUCAGACCAAGCGUUCUAAAUUAAAUGUCUCAACUGUUCAGGUCUGAAAUCCUAGACAACUUAAAGAAAAAGGAUCAGGAAAAAGAGCCACAAAUCUCUAACUACCAACAACAGCUUGUUAAACCAGUUGACAAGCCCCUGCAUUCUGCUGAAGUAUCAAAUGCCAAUGUACCGGUAACACAGCAUGUCCCUGCACAGCAAUUGUUAUCCCCAACUCACACCUUGGGCCAGUCUGUGCAAGCAAAGGAAGACCCUAAAGAAAAAUCAAUAAAGGUUGCAAAUUCUACAACUAUAACUUUGAUAGAAAACAGCAAUCUCAACGGAGAUAAGGACAAAGACAACACUUACAAAAAUUACUUCACAUUAGAGCCUAAAAAUGAAAAGAAAGAUGAUUGUAAUAAGAAUAGUAUUACAAUAACUAAGACUGCCUUGAAGCAGUCGCCUGGUGGUAGUCAAGGAGACAAGAAGGGUCAAAUCAAGCCUGCUAAGAGGCCCCUUCAGUACUUGGAGACACUUGCUGAGAAGGCUGGUAUAACUUUUGAGGAUAAAUACGAGGCUGCUAAUACCUUAUUGGCUCUAGACAAGCAGAACUCCACCAAUAGGAGACUCCCUGACUUAAAGCCACCGAAAGCUGAACCGGAUAACCAUACUCAACAGGAAGAGUACCGAUAUAGGAAUCAAAAAGAAGAAGAUGACAAGUUACAGAUCCAACAGCAAAUAAUCCAGCAGCAGCAACAACAGCAGCUGCAACAGUUGCAACAACAGCAGUUGCAGCAGUUACAGCAACAGCAGGCUUUGCAGCAAGCAUUGCAGCGACAACAGCAGCAAGCUAUCCAACAGCAUAUCAAAAAUCAUCAGGAUCAACAAGAAUUGCUGCAAAAGCAAUUUCAACAACAACAACAACAACAGCAGCAGCACCAACAGCAACAGCAGCAACAACAACAACAACAGCAGCAGCAGCAGCAACAACAGCAGCAGCAACAGUCGCAGCAAAAGUCUGAGUUGUUGCAAGUGACUCAGCAAGGAGACCAGCCGCAACAAAAGUAUUUGCAGCCGGUGCACACCCAGUUCAACUUACCGGGCAUUGGCGAGAUCAACCUCAGCUUUUUGGCGUCACCGCAAAGUAACGUCAAUCUACUCUUUGACAAGAACCAGAAGACAAUGAGCGGAGAUAUCAAACAACAAAUCGUAGACGGACAGACUCAGGUCGUCCAACAGCAGUUAAGCAUGUCACAACACGAGCCGUCGCAACAGCAUCACCAGACGGUGACCGUCGUGUCAUCCAUGCCCAGUAGCAUGGCCACCCAUCAGGUGCAGCAGCAACAGACAGGAGGUGGUAUACAGCAACAAGCUGGUAGCAUUUCCACCAUGCCGCCCCUGCAGAGUCUGCCGCCGAAUACCCAACACCCCCAGAUAAGCGCCGAAUGGGGCCAACACAGCCGCGUCCAGGUGAUCCAGCAGCCAUUGCAAAAUAGCACCUAUUUGCAACAGUUGUACAACGCUCAAGGCUCGUUGCUCAUGCCUGGCAAUGCAAUAUUGCAUCCUGGCAUUAAUUCCCAGCAAAUACAGGUCAUAGCUGCAGGCAAGCCGUUCCAAGGAAAUCAACUGACUCCUCAUAUGCUGACGACCCAAGGGAAGCAAGUCCUUCAAGGGCAAGCCGUAAAUUUUGCAGGUCUAACUACGUAUCAGGAACAAGCUCCGUUCCCGGGCUACACGACUAUCCCGGCGAUCCCGACGACACAGAACCAGACAUUCGUGUUCAGCCCACUGGGCGUGAUUAACUCGCAGCCCAGCAUCCUCCCUGCGCACUCUCAGUCCACCGUCUCAGCCAUCGGCCAGCAGCAAAAACAAAGCGACAUGCAUAAGUGUGGGGCUAAGGGUGCUGCCAGUAAGGCUGGUGGAAGCGGCGUAACACAAACCGUGCCAGUCCAAGCCCAGUGCGUGCAGGUCUCUCAGCCAGUACUGGGCACUCAGCAGCCGACUCAGGCGCAGAUCAUUAGCCCUCUGCAGACAGGGGGUCAGACGAUGCAGUUUGCUCCAUGGCAGAUAUCUGGCGCGUUGCCCCAGGUGUGGGCAGGUGGUCUCCAGGCAGGGACGUUGCCGGCCGGAGGGUUGCUCGCCCCUAACCCCAUCUUCAUCCGAGGAACCCAACCCGACGCACCACCCUCAAUGUUUAUUCAGCAUUCUCCACAAAACAACGUUCAGCAUACCAGCGUGAGUGUAGCAUGUGCUACUUCGACGACGUCGAAGCCCCGCGCCUCUUCGGAUGGGUUGGCGAAGGCUCCACGGCCGCUCUCCAACAUCCUGCCUUCCAGCGGCAUCAGGCCUGGAGCUGGCUCCUCCGUGUCCACACAAACCAAUCCCAACCAGCCUCAAAAUCAGGCAAAGCAACGCGGUAAACCUGGCGUACGCUCACCAGCCCCAACCGCCAAACAAGAUGCAGCAAACCAAACUAACAAACUUCAGCAUCAGAUCCAGCAGCCGAAACAGCAGUUACUUCUGAUGAAUACGGGCCAGAUGACUCAGAUUACAAGUGUUGAUAAAGCUAAAAACAUACAGCAACAGGCGCUUCUGCAGCAACAAGCUUUACAGCAACAACAGCAACAGCAGCAGCAGUUAUUGCACCAACAGCAACAAACUCAGCAGAUGGUGCAUUAUCAGCAGCAAGGAAUGUCGCUGGGUAUGCAACAAGGUACUGUAGGAUCUGUCGCCCAGUCGCUCCCUAUGACAGGUAUACCACAGACCAUAUCUAUGGUGCAACCAAUUCACCCUUUAAGUGGCAUGGGCCAACCUGGGACUCUGGUCAGUCAGCUGAGCACGUCCCAGCCGCAAAGCGUACAAGCUUUGCAGCAGCCACAGACCCUGGUAGGGGGUGGGUUGGUCCAGACAUCCGUUGGCAUGACCGUUCAACAACAAGCGGCUUUAAAUCACUCGGCGUCUAUGCAGACGCUAACACUCCAGGCGGCUCAAGGCACGGUGGGACUGAUCGCAGCCCCAGUGCCGGGAUCCGUGCUCCCACUACAGACUCCGGCGACUCUAGUCACCCACGUCAAGACCGAGGAUGAGAAACCACAGAUAUCGUCCACUCCGCGUCGUCGCGUACAGGCGCCCGUAUUGCAGAUCCAGCCGACUCAACAAGUUGUUGCUGAGACGUCUGAUGCUACGUCCACCACUUUUAGCUCCUCGGUCACUACCACUGCUGACGCUUCUGUAUCCACCAGCACCGCUACUAUUGGUGCGGUAACCCCAAUGGAGACUACGCCUACAAAUAAGUCUACACCAACGAAGGCUGAGAGCCACAGCACCACAGCUGAACCGUCGUCUGCUUCUACCUCAGUAGCGUCCAGCUCUGCACCGGUACCCAGCAGCGCUCAGCAAACUACUCCUGUAGCACCUCAGGUGGUGACUACAGUAGCUUCUUCGACGUCGUCGUCUUCAACGAUGACCGCCGCUAUCACGGCUCCGGUCACCUCAGGCGGGACCAGCUCGGCUUUGUUCAAGAGUACGCAGUGUACUCCACGUCACAUGAGCCAGCAGGCUUCACACGACAAAGGCCUGCCAAAAGCUAUGGUGAAACCGAACAUUUUGACACAUGUCAUCGAAGGAUACGUCAUCCAGGAGGCCGGAGAACCGUUCGCUAGCAAUUUGGUGCAGGUUAACCGACCACUGCGCGACUGGGUUGAUAAGGAACAGGACAAGGAAAACAAAUUGCCGACGGACGAAGGUCCGCCCCGUAAGUUACGCAAGAAGCACAUAGGGGAACACCAUGCGUCGAGCGUUGCUCGUAUCAGCUCGAGCAACGAGACUGCUUCCCAUAGCUCCGCUCCGGCUCACUCCAACACGAAGACUAGACAUGAAGAGGCUGCAGCCAGUAGCACGGCUGAGACCGCCAGUGCCAGUUCGGACACCACUCAAGCACCCAAGAUACCUAAUGCUAAUAAAUGGACGGUAUCAGAGGUGUGCGAUUUCAUCCGCAAUAUCCCGGGUUGCGCUGGCUACGCUGACGAGUUCCUCAUGCAAGAGGUGGAUGGCGAAGCUUUACUCCUGAUUAGACCAGAGCACCUUGUGAUGGCUCUAUCCAUGAAGCUGGGCCCGGCCCUCAAGAUUGUAGCUUGCAUCGACUCACUCCGCCCGGAAAGCGAGCAAUCCUCUCAUGAUCAUGACUGAGAUUUGCUGUCCGUGUUCUUCGCGAACAACUUGUAAGGCAGAUACAAGUGAAGCCGGAGAACACAUGCAAAGAAUUGCAUUAAAACUUCGAUCGCGUAUGAAUGAUCAUUAACCACUGUAGACAAUUGUAGAGCUUGUUAUUAUGGUUGUUAGUUCUAUAUUAGCUUGAUAGUGACGUCGUUACAUUAAACCAACACCUUAGAAAAUUUGUCGUGUUACAUCCUGUUGUUUAUUCAUAUAGCCAUAAGCUGAAAUAAUAAUAUGUCGCGUGUUUUUAAAUUAAUUAAAGAGUAUUCCUUUUAAUACCCACAUCAUAGAGUUAGAUAUAAAAUCACACAGUAACAAAUCUUUUUGCAUUUUGUCCAUUUAACCUCCAUGUAGAAAUAACUCGUUGUUUUUAAAAACAAUGCUAACUUGUUGCGUAUUAUGGAACUUUUCGAAUGGAAAUGUUGAAUAUUCCUGUAUUAACUCGUCGAGUACCGGUUUUGCAGACACAAUUAUAGAACAAUAGGUUGCGAUCACCGGUGACCGCUUGGUAUUUGACAGUUUAAAUGAACACUUAGAUGUAAGGUUUUCAAUAUAUCAGACUUUUUAAAUAGAUUAUGUAUCGAUACAGUGUAUGUAUGUGGAAUAUGUCAUCACUAUUUUAUCCUAGGAAAUGAUGUAACAGUAUAACUUGAUGUCUUUGCAGUGUUUUAGUAGAUUAUUUAUGUGUCGAUAAUAUCAUUUCACAUUUUUCAAGUCAUUAGCCAUUUAUAAUAAUACAGUCGUCACGACAUUUUUGUCCUUUUUCCUAAGCUGAAAUAAUCAUAAUGCUAUCUAAGUGUGUUUUCAAGUUUUUAUCGAUAAUACUGUUACAAGCGUGUAGGUCUCAUAAGGAUGUACCGAUAUUAAAUGUGUUAUAGUAGGAAACGUUUCGCCGUGUUUGGGUCACUCUUCGGUAAAGCUAGCCUCGGCAUGAAACGAUUUACCUAACUUCUACUUCAUGCUGAGACUAACUGUCGAAUGUUUGUGUUCAUUGUUGCAAGUUUCUAUUUGUAGACUCCGUUUACUUUGCCCCCGUCCAUAGUCAGUAGACGUCAUUUAACCAUAGAGCUGUCAAUUAUAUUACGCUAUUAGAUAUGAGAAUUCAAGAUUGAUUUUAAAUGUCUAUAUUAUACGUAAUAAAUAUAUUAUAAAACAAGCCAACCGUUGUUCAACAUCUAAAUUCUCGUCCUGUCACACGCCGUAUCCCACGGUAGUAUUUAUAUCUGUCAACUUAUACCCGUCGCCCAUUAUAACAUUACGUUAAUUGGCCAGAAACAUUAACGCGUUUCAACACAAAUUCGGAUAAUGUUAUGGUGCACUUAGGACAAAUGUCGAAAGUUCCGCCUAUUUAGUAUUAAGUUACUUAUUUAAACCUGUACUUAGUUUACAUUGGUUUCGUCUCUCUUUCGCUCUAUCUCGCUUAUAUUCCCCAUUUUUGUAACUUUGAAAGUAAUUUCAUUUUGUUUGAUAUGUGUUACUAUUAACGUGAUCUGCGUUUUAAUUUACUUAUAAAUCAAAGUUAAAAGUAAGUAUCUAAUGAUUUAAAGUAAAUUCUCUCGUAAAUAGUCCAACGGGUAGACGUCGAACACUUCACUCUUGUGGCCAUUUGUUCGAUGCCUUCGCCGUUAACUACCUAUUGAAAGUUUUUUAAAGUUGCUUUUCUACACAUUUAUUAUUUGAACAAUUUGACAUUGAAUUGUAAAUGGGUAUAAAUUAAUCGGCUGAUGUGUGAACAGAAAAGUUGUUUUACAGCAUUCGGCCUUCCGAACAACAUGUUAGGGGAGUUAGAUGUAUGUAUACACUUUAUAUCCUAGCUAAUUAGUGGUCUUCGGCAGGCGAUCGAUACUUUAUCUCGAUCGAAGCUUAUUUGCAUGACUUGAUAGUAACGUUUAAUUGACACCAAAAAGUAUAAUAAGGGCACAGCAGGCUUUUAUCAUCGAUCAAGUUAUCGGAUGAUAGUUCUAGUACAUAGUAUACGACUACACCUCGAUCGCCUGCCUUAGCGAUGUGGAGAAAUGUUGAUAUCUAAUGUAAUAACUGUGGCGACGCUGAUACAACGUACACUUGUAGGCUAGUUCACGGUUUAUAGUAAAUAAUGUUAACGUAAUAUUAAGUCUAAGUAAUAUCUAAAUAUUUCUGAAUUAUUAACAUUAAAACUUAGUCGUUGUAAUAACAAAAAAAAAAAAUAUUUCGCUUUUCGAUUGAGUUCGAUACGAUACUAGAGUACGUUGCAACGAUUUUCUUUAGUCUGUGUACGUCUAUUUUCGCGAAUUUAAUGUCUGUGGGAACACUACUGUCGAGCAAACAGCUUUUUACACCCGUGGUGCUACUUAGUUGUAUUUAUGUCGCUUUAUUAUUACACGAUUUGUUUAGGAUUCAUUAUUGUUAGUAGAUAGGUACUUUAUAUUAUAAUAUAUUAUAUGAGUCGAGACAGCGAUUUUUAGCAACUUUAAUUAAUAUUGUAUUAUAAUUAUUAUUACAAUCACCUACCUAAAUAGGUGACUUUUAAAUUUUAGAACUAUUAUAAUCGUUUAUCGCGUAACACGUUUCAUUUUGUCACGCAAAAUGUAUGUAAAUAUUAUUUAGCUUGUUGGAUUUCUAAUUUUGCUGGUAUUACAUUAUCAAAUCGGUGUCGUUUCUUCAUGUGUACAUAUUGGAAUUCUAGGUAGGCACUAACCAAAUUCAGGUCAGUAAAAUAUACACCAUAAUAUAUUAUGAUACUUAGUUUAGUGAUUUUAAACUGGGAUUUACGAUUAGUAUACUAUAUAUGUAGUGAUCUAGGCACUGGUCUAGUAGAUAUUUUCACAAUUAUUUUAAAUCAUAUUUUAACGAGAUACAUUAUUUUUUCUUAUUUUACAUGUUUGUCGCCAUGUGUUGGCGUACAUUAUACUUUUAUUAAUUUUAAUGUCGAUUGAUAAUUUAGUGGCUACGUUGUAUUAUAAUAUCAUAUUAGUUAAUGUUAUGUCAUUGAAAUAAUUAUUUACACCAAGAAUACACCGUGACUCGAUGUUUGUUUACAUUAUUAGAUUUGUGUAGUGAUGGUAGGCACGUGUUGUACAUCUAUCGUAAUAUGUCUUUGUUUAUAUAUGUCCUUGUUACUAUGUAAGUGUAUAUGUAUAACGAACAGUCGGCUUGAGCACUGCCAUGAUGUAAUAUGUACAUUUGUGUAGUCAUGUUUACGAAUACUCUUACGGUUCUUAGAAUAUGCUGUAUUAGAUUUUAGUAGAUGUAUAAACGUUUUAAUAUAAUAAAAACUUAUUACCUUUCAAUGUUGUUGGUAUUGAUGAUGUGACUACAUGAUUCUACACGAUAUUCGUAAGUAACUAAAUGGAAAUUGUAAUGUACAGAACACUGCUCAAUACCGUGCAGUAGCUAAUUUCAUGGUACAUUAAGGAAAAUAAAGCAAAUGAGACUGAUA